AUGCCCCCUAAGAAGGUUGAAGCUGUCAAGGACAAUGUCGUUGCUUUCGGGAGGGUUCAGCAGAGCGCCGCCGCAGAGAACUACCCCUUUUGUACGAUUGAGCCCAAUGAGGCGAGGUGUGCUGUUCCCGACGCUCGAUAUGUCACCGACAUUGCUGGCUUGAUCAAGGGUGCUUCCCAAGGAGAGGGGCUUGGAAAUGCAUUCCUAUCUCAUAUCCAGGCCGUUGAUGGCAUGUUCCACAUCGUCAGAGCAUUUGAUAACGACGAGGUGUUACAUGUUGAUGACUCGAUCGAUCCUGUCCGAGACUUGAACACCAUCCAAAGCGAGCUUUGCAAGAAAGACCUCGAUAUUCUGGAGAAGACAAUAAUUGCCGAGGAAGCACUCGUUAGGAAGGCAGGUGGCAAAUACAAGAUGCUACCUCUCUUCACAGAGACAACGACGAAGAUCCGAGCUCUGUUGGAAAAGGAUCAGCCAGUCAGAGAUGGAACCUGGACACCGGCCGAGAUUACACUCAUCAACGAGAAGAUACAGCUAAUCACGACAAAGCCCACCAUCUACCUUGUCAACUUGACAAUGAAGGAUUACCUCAGGCAGAAGAGCAAGUACCUGCCGCUCAUAGCCAAGUGGGUCAUUGAGCACGGAGGUGUUCCCCGAGACAUUGUUCCCUUCUCUAUUGAGUUUGAACAGAAACUUCACAGCAUGAAGGAUGACCCAGCUGCACAAGCCGAGUUCCUCAAGGAGAGCAAAGUCAAGUCAAAACUAGACAAAAUCACUACCGAAGGGUUCAAUAAGCUUGGCUUGCAAUACUACUUCACCGCUGGUGAGAAGGAAGUAAGGUGCUGGACUAUCCCAAGGGGUUGUCUAGCGCCACAGGCUGCUGGAGCUAUCCACAGCGAUUUUGAGAGGGGAUUCAUCAAAGCUGAAGUAGUCGCGUACCAAGACUUCCAUGACCUUUGCGAAGGCAGCAAGUCCAUGGCCCCAAUCAAGGCUGCCGGGAAGUACCGACAAGAAGGAAAGAAUUAUGUUGUCCAAGAUGGAGACAUUAUCCACUUUCAAUUCAACGUUUCGAAUAGGAAAUAG